GUCGCAGAACCAAGGGCACGGAUGGCCGCCGCGGCUGUCUCGAGCGAACGGCGUCUGUCCAAAACUCCUGUCCACCAGCAGUUGCUGUCCUGUACCAUUGUGGUUGGAUCCACGGAGCUUCCGUGUCAAUUCGAGUAUCGCGACUAUGUCCAAACGCUGGUCAAACUUGCGCAGGUUCAUUUCGUGAACGAGCACAACGGCGACGCGAGCCAGCUCGUGGGUCUGCGCAACCGUCGCACCAGUCGAGAUCUGUACUACUUUAGUGCCGCGGGAGAAGAAAUCCAAAACGGCGACGUCUUGGAAGGUCGGCCAUACACUGCCGCCCCUCCGACCGUCAGCGAAUCCGCCAUGUCCAUCGCGUCGACCGCCAACCGCCGGUUCAAAAAGCAGAUGGGGCGUCCGGGUCUCUUCUCCGUGGUGCUCCACUCUGCCCAUAGCUUGACGGAAUGGACAGACAGAGCGCUCGUCGCUACCGUGCAACUACAGCCGUACGCGUCGAGCGUGGACACGGCCGAGAGUUUCUCGCACGAGUGGCAUGCCUCCAUGACGUUCAAGCACCCAGAUCCAUCCACCGACCACGUCUUCCUCGAAAUCACACUGCGCACUGCCGCCCCCACGCCCCGGUCGACGCCUUCGUCCAGUCGACUGCCAUCUUCUCCGCGAUUCGACAGCGGUGUCGUGGGCCACGUCCGCAUACCCAUGAGUCGGUGCAUCCUCACGCCAGGCAUAUCUGUGACAGAAUCCAUCCCCAUGGACCCCCCCCUCUUGUUUACCGCAUCCCCCAGAUCCUCGUCCUCCUUCUCCUCGUCUCUAUUGUCGCCAACUUCCAGGCACGUUUCCAUCACGUACGCCUUCCACCCCACCGUAUACCACGGCCCCACGACGACCACCAUGGGGUUGUCUGGCAUUUCACCGUUGGCAGCCAAAAUAUACAACUCGGCGCUGAAACCUCGUCGCAUGUCCAAGCCAGGGCCACCAGCACUGCCCCCAACGACCAAGCAGCCUCCGUCCCGCGGGUUCCUGUCCGUGUUUGUCAAAGGCGUGCACGUUUGUGGUCCGCAGUGCUCCAAAUUGGACGGCCACAGCACGCUGUUCACUCCCGACUUUGACCCGAUCGUGUCGAUGGGGUUCGAACAAGCGACCAAGGAGAUGUACGUCCACGCCACAGAGUGCCACGCGGUCGUGUUCAAGAAAAAGUACGACGUGCACAGCGUCAACUCGGAGUUUGAGGUCGAUUUGCUCAAGCCUAUAGCGAUCGCAGCGUCGCCCAGCGCCACGCGCUUGAAGAACGGCAAGCAAGCGAUCCGGUACGGCAGCGUGCGCAUCGGCAUGGCGGAGCUCCUCCAACGAGAAGGCGCGGCGUGGACGAUGGCGCCGACGCCGCCGACCCUCGGGCCGGGCAAGAAACCCCCCGAGCCCGGCUUUGACUGGUACAUCUUGCGGCAGUCGGACGAAGAAGUGGGCCUCGUUCACAUUCAAGCCACGUAUCGCGAAAACAUCGGGGCGAUGUUCAGCACGACGCUGCAUCCCGACGCAACGUACGUACGCCCAGACGAAAUCGAGUUCAACGCUGACUUGAUCAAGCGCAACAUUGAGCGCCUCGACGCGCUCGUUCAAUCCAUCCAAAGCACCAAGGUGGUGGUGCACGAGCUGCUCGAGUGGAAGUCGCCGGCGCAGACGCUCGUGACGUGGGCGAGUCUGACGCUGGGCGUGUGGUACUUUCCCACGUCCCAUGCGCCGGCAGUCGUCCUCGUGGGGCUUUUGGUAGUGCUGUUGGUGAAUUUCCAAUACUUUUGGCGCGGCGGCGUCCAGCGGCAGUGGACGUUUUACGACCCGGACGAAGUCAAGAUGAAGAUGUUUCGGUCCGUGGCCACCCUUCGCGUGGUGCCACUCGGAGCUGAGAACCUCGUACAAGUGGUAAAAGACGUCGAUGGAAAGCAACCGCCGCCGCGACCGCUCGACUCGUAUGUGCGCAUCGUGUACGAGCCCAACUUUAACGAGUUGCCGGAACGCCUCAUCGCCCAAACCAGCACCGUCAUGAAUUCGAUUCACCCAGUAUAUGGCCAAACCACCAAGAUGUCGUCGACUACUCAGGAUGAUGGGUUGUCUUCGUCCAUUGUAUCUACGAGUCGAACCUCUACUACGACGGCCCUGGCCAAGUGCAGUGGCGGGGGGAGCGGCGCCACCAUCGGUGGAGGACCCUCCACGGACAUACGAGCCCUCAACAACAAAUGGUUCAAAGAUCUAUUUGGGCACUUGAGUCCAUUGGCGAAAGAUGCGGUGUUGCAUGAUGUCGUGGAAGCGUGGAAGCGACGCGAUGGCAGCGGCGUCGACGUACACGCGUUCAAGUACCCGCUACUGCAACCCGUGCGUACCAACCCUGUGACAGAGCUGGAGGAGGUCCUCGACUGGGAAGCCACGCCGGGGGUGCUGCGCUUCGACGUGCUUCAAGAGAAUCCGCUGACGGCGUCGCAGAACCUGCUAGGCCAAGUGCGGCUACCGCUCAAGAUGCUCGUGACCUCUGGCCGCCUCGGGGGUGCGCAAAUCGAGCUCGAGAAGGCGUUUGCCCUCCAGAACACGCCGCCGUCGGGGGACGCCGACCCCCUGCGACCGGGGCCGUCGCUGACCAUCCGGGCCCAGCUCAUCCUCCGCGAUCCGUCCAAGCGGGUGACGUGGAAGGAGCGCCUCGCGUCCGAAGCCAUGUACUCGGUGCUCGAAAUGGAGAGCGCCAAGUCCUUGUCCCUUGUGGAGAAGUACCACAUGGCUCGGAAUGUCGCGCGGACAAUUCAGCACGAGCUGGGCAAACUCGCAGACUUGCUGGAAAAAAUCAAAAAUUUGUUCUUGUGGACGCAUCCGACGAAAACGGCCAUGGCGGCUGCGGCGCUGUGUGUCGGCGCCAUGAUCACGUCGGUGAUUCCAGUCAAGUACUUUGUGCUGUUUUCGAUCACGAAAAAGUUUACAAACCGGUUCCAUCGGCUGUGCGAUUUUCGGCUCGUGGACCGCGACAUGAUUCGGGUGCUGAAUUUCGUAUCAACGUUCCCGACAGACUUGGAAGAACAACAGAUGUUUCGCCAUGCCAAUCAAGCAUACUUGCGCGAAAAAGAGCACACGGCCGCCCAAGCCAAGUUGCAAGCGGACUGGGCGGGGUACAUCUACAAGCGGGGCGAAGGCGUGUUUGUGGGCUGGGCGGUACACGAUGUUCCAAUGUCCAACAACUACGUAGACUAAUGAUUGGGCCAUUAGCAUCGCUAUGCCGCUGUCCGCAACGGCAAACUCGAGUACUGGAACACGAUCGCGGAUGCCAAGCACGGCGUGCCUCCAAAAGGGCACAUCGUCCUGUCCCCUACCAUUGACAAGUGCACGAAAGCGGAACUGUCCAACGCCCCCAAAGACACGUUUCCGUUCGUUGUGUUCAACGUGGACCAUCGGCAUUUACUGGACUCGACUGAAGGCCGUCGCCGCAUCGUGGCUGUGACGACGGAACAAGACUACCAAGGGAUUGUCCGCGCCAUCCAAGACUCGAGUUGAGAGCAUAUCCCAAUAGCAGCACAAAGCAUAAAUCAAUUCAUACAAUAAAUCAAUUCCCGCAGUGUUAUACACGAGAUGUCGCUGUCAACCUGGGCCAAUCGAGCAUUCACGAAAGUGCGCCGGUUGCUUCGGUCGCCGCAACGACUCUUCGCGGUGUUGUGUGAAUCGCUUGAGCAACAUUUCCUUGCGCUCGACGUUCUUGACCUGCAUGUCCACUUGCUUUCUGACAAGCAAGCCACACCCAUGGAUAUAUAUACACAGAGUUCACG